AUGAGAGUAAGGGACAGUGAGGCGUGGGGCCCCACCCGAUGCAUCGAAAGACGGGCUUUGCUGCUGUCUCCUGCGACGACACGGCAAGGGGUGCCUUGCUCCCUCAAACGCGUUUUCAAGAGGGAGGGAAGCGCCAGCCGACAAGAAACCAAAAUUGAAGUCCGAGACGAUUGCCAGCGUGCACGAGGCAGCGAUCACGGCGUCGUGCUGGGAGCGUACGAUUCUCGAGGUUUGGGGCGCACGUCGCGAGGAGGUUCUUGCAGUGCUGCGGCAAUACCGUACCACAAACAACAGUCUUUUGAAGCUCAAGGAGACUGGAGGAAAAACGAAGGCGAAGGAGGAGGUUGGAUCAGUAUGGAUGGCCGAUGUGCUAACGGGAGCUCUUUCAAGUCAGCUUCGUGCCCUGAUUGGUGUGCCUGGACGGCCUGCAUGCCACCCGUUUAUUUGAUUUACUUCGGGGGUGGAUCACGGGUGGGCGUGCUGCGCUUGAUGCGAGAGUGUGCGUUGCAUGGACGCUAG